CGCGGACACGGAGCGAGAAAUGCUGACUGGCCCAUAUACGCGCAGGAUUAAGCGUAUAAACUGCUAACAAAGUGGUAUCGAUAUAGCGUGGGCGUCGAAGGACUGUUGCAGUAUCUCCAGAUGGGCGGUGGAUCAUGAGUGGAGCGUCCAAACGGAAGCAUCCCUUCUGAACAGAUAAUACCAACUGCAGAUCGAAGAAGGUGAAACAAGCUCCUGCGGGUAGGUGUACCAGCGUUUGGGAGGUCUUUGCAGCUGAUAAGGACUGCGUGGUACAUCGACUGGAGUCUAUUAUCAUUAGACUCCCGCUGGGCCAGUCCACUUGAACGUUCAAAAUUUUCAAAUAUCGAAGGACCCAAUUGUUGAACUUUCAAACUCUCCUCUUCCCAAGCCGGUCUGGCCCUUAUUAUUUCCAUCAAAUAUGCUUUUAAUCAUUGUCCUAGAUCAAGGAUCGUCAUUCUUUCAAUGAGCAUGGUCCUCCGGGACGUAUGUGAUGGUGUCAUCGAGCUUCGCGAUCAUCUGUACGAUCUGGAGAAUGUGAUAGAAGCUGGUAAUACGAGCUCACCAUGUACCCAUGUUCUUGCAGCAAAAUUGGGGGAAGGGGUCCUCCGGGUAGAAAUGCAGCACAGUCAUAGCCAGACGUGCUGGGUAUCUGAACACAUGACUCUUGCCCCAUCAUCGCAGAUAUCCCUCCUCAACCUGAAUUUGAACGUUGCAGCUGGUUACGCCGAGCCAAACCUUGGUCAGCUUUAUCUCCUUCUCAACUUCAACGUUGCAGCUGGUGAUGCAAAGCCAGCUAGCUUUAUCUCCUCUUUUCCUAUCAAGUUCUGA